AUGACGCGGCGCAGCCGCAGGCCACUUAAACGCACCAUUUGGGCUUCUUCUGUCUCCCUGGGGUUCACCACGGUGAAGCGAAGCUGCUCCUGCAAGAACUCAACUUCGGGCUGUCCACUCUCCAGCAGCAGUGAAUUGUGUCACAUUUUUUCUGGCUGUUGGGUUACUCUCUCGGUCCUCAGCCGGGAACAGUCAGAGGGGGUUGGAGCACGGGUGCGCAGAAGCAUUGGCGGACCUGAGUUGAAAAUGCUGGAUCCAUUUUUGCUGUUUGAUGAAUUUAAAGGAGGAAGGCCGGGAGGAUUUCCUGAUCACCCACACCGAGGAUUUGAAACAGUAUCUUAUCUUCUGGAAGGUGGCAGCAUGGCCCAUGAAGACUUCUGUGGACAUGUUGGUAAAAUGAACCCAGGAGACCUACAGUGGAUGACUGCAGGACGAGGCAUUCUACAUGCUGAGAUGCCCUGCUCAGAGGAGCCAGCCCAUGGCUUACAGCUCUGGGUGAAUUUGAAACGCUCAGAAAAGAUGGUGGAGCCUCAGUACCAGGAACUGAAAAGUGAAGAGAUCCCGAAACCCAGCAAAGAUGGUGUGACAGUCGCUGUCAUUUCAGGAGAAGCCUUGGGAAUAAAGUCGAAGGUUUACACUCGCACACCAACUUUAUAUCUGGACUUCAAGUUGGACCAAGGAGCAAAGCAUUCCCAGCCUAUUCCUAAAGGGUGGACAAGCUUCAUUUAUACCAUCUCUGGAGAUGUGUAUAUUGCACACUUGGGCCUCUCCAUUGUUCAGAUCCCUCUUGCAGAACUGCUGCUGCUCUCCUUGGGACACCACAUGCUGGAUCCCAAAAGAAGUCAUUUUGUCUUAAUUGCUGGGGAGCCAUUAAGAGAACCAGUUGUCCAACAUGGUCCGUUUGUGAUGAAUACCAAUGAGGAGAUUUCUGAGGCCAUUCUUGAUUUCAGGAAUGCAAAAAAUGGUUUUGAGGGGGCCAAAACCUGGAAGUCAAAGAUUGGAAACCAAUGAAGAGCUGAAAUGCUGCCAUUUGUAUGAUCUGACCAUUCGUUAUAUUCAAUUUCCAAAGCUGAUUUAGCUGAAACGUCUAAAGAAUUCUACAUUGAGAUGGACAUAGUGGCACAUUCCUUUAGUCCCAGUACUCUAGGGGUCAGACAUCGGGAUCUCUGAUUUCGAAGCCCAUCUAUCUACAGACUCAGUUCUAGGACAGCUGGGCUACACAGAGAAACCCUGUCUUGAAAAUGCAAAAAUAAAAAAAUAGAAUUUCACAUUAGAAUGAAAGGACUUUUUUGUAGUGAGUCUUCAGAAUACAUUAUAUACAUGUAUGAAAUUGUCAAAGAACAGGGUAACUAAUUUUAAAAGGAAAUGUAUAAACAAUAAAAAAUGGUAGUGAUAUAUGUAAGAUAUUUCCUGACACAUGCAAAUAAGUUUAAUUGUUGCUUUAAAAAAAAGACAAUGUUCAUUUGAUGGAAAUUAUUAAGUGCCUAUUAAAAAUAAUUGCUAUGUA